AUGGGCAAUCUUCAUCCUUCCUUCCUACUGCUCGCCUUGGCGGCCACCGUUACGGCCCACGGCCACGUGGACUGGCUCGUUGCCGAUGGCGUCGCUUACCGCGGCUGGGACUCGCCCGCAUUCACGUACUCGCCCCCGACAAGUCCCGUCGUGGGCUGGAAGAUUGACGCCCCUGAUAACGGCUUUGUCGAGCCUGUCAACUUCGGUACCGGCGACAUCAUCUGUCACAAGAACGGAAGCCCGGCGGGUGGACACGCUACCGUCGCUGCAGGGUCCAAGAUCCAGCUCAUAUGGAACACAUGGCCAGAGUCACACAAGGGACCGGUGAUUGACUAUCUUGCCAAGUGUACCGGAGACUGCGAGACUGUCGACAAGACCACUCUCAACUUCUUCAAGAUUGACGCCGGUAGUCUGAUUGACAUGUCUCUCUCGAACGGCAAGUGGGCCGACGACGUCCUCAUUGCCAACAACUUCACAUGGACCGUGCAGAUCCCCUCUACUCUGGCACCGGGAAACUAUGUUCUCCGUCACGAAAUCAUCGCGCUUCACUCUGGCGGCAACGUCAAUGGUGCGCAGGCGUACCCGCAGUGCUUCAACCUCCAGGUCACGGGAGGAGGGUCCCUGGCCCCCGCCGGCAUCAAGGGCACGGCUCUGUACAAGUCUGACGACCCGGGCAUCCUCUUCAACCUUUGUACGAGCCCUCUCGUCUACCCCGUGCCCGGCCCUACCCUGGUGUCGGGCCUUGCCUCGACUGUUGCUCAGAGCACCGCCCAUAUCACCGCGACGUCAAGCGCAACCCCUGCCGGAGGAAGCGGCGGAGGCAGCCCUACUACUCUGAGAACGACUACUGCCGCGGCGCCUGUCACCACAACCAGCGCAGGAACAACGACGACUACGGCUGCGAGUGGCGGUGGUGGAACUGUCCCCAAGUAUGGUCAGUGUGGUGGACAAGGGUGGACUGGAGGGACUACUUGUGCUGCUGGAUCGACCUGCACAGUUUUGAACCAAUACUAUUCGCAAUGCAGCUAA